AAAAAAAAUGACUCGGAAUCUCUGUAUAGACGUCGAACGGAUGCUGUUCGCCAUUCUUCUUUGUUUAUCUGACCGCACCUCCGCACAGAUCUCCUACUCUGUUCCCGAGGAGGUGCACAAAGGCACACUAGUGGGGAAUAUAGCAAAGGACUUACACAUUAAUGCACAACAACUGGAGGAACGGGGCUUUCGGAUUGUAUCUGGACACAGUAAGACAUAUUUUGAGGCUGACUUGAGAACAGGAGCUUUAUUUGUGAGCGACAGGAUCGACCGGGAAGAGCUUUGUUCUAAUGUACCCAAGUGUUCCCUAAAUAUAGAGGCGCUCCUCAGCAAUCCUAUGAAUAUUUAUCGCAUUGAAGUCAGCAUCCUUGACAUUAAUGAUAACGCACCGACAUUCCCAGAGCAAAUCCAUGUGUUCAAUAUUUCUGAAUCAUCCCCAGCUGGGGAGAGAUAUCCCCUCCCAGCUGCUCUUGAUGCAGAUACUGGCAGUAAUUCAAUCAAAACCUUCAAAUUAAACACCAAUGAGUAUUUUUCUAUAGAUGUGAGCAACGGAGGGGGCAGCAUGUCUGCUGAGUUGGUCCUGCAAAAAGCUUUAGACAGAGAAAAACAAACCACUGUCAAAUUAACACUAACAGCUGUAGAUGGAGGGACACCUGUGAGGUCUGGCACCAUGCAAAUCCACGUGAAUGUCAUAGAUGUUAAUGAUAACACGCCGUCGUUCAAUAAGUCCCUAUAUAAAGUCAGUGUUAAUGAAAAUAUACCCAUAGGUGCAACAAUAGUAAAAUUGAAUGCAACUGAUUUAGACGAGGGUGCACAUUCUGAGAUUAGAUAUUUUUUAAUGAAAGGAGGAACUGUGGACUCCCCUGAUAAAUUUAGAGUUAACAGAGAGAGUGGUGAGAUUAUUGUGAGCAGCGAUUUAGAUUAUGAGGAAAACAGUGCGUAUGAAUUAAGAGUGCGUGCGACAGACCAAGGCGCCUCCCCUCGCUGCGGUUAUGCAAAAGUGCUGGUGGAGGUCAUUGAUGUUAAUGAUAACGCACCAGAGAUCUCCAUCACGUCCGUGAUGAGUCCAGUGAAGGAAAAUGCUGAAGAUGGAACAGUUGUUGCUUUAGUAACUGUCAGUGAUAAAGAUGGAGGUAGAAAUGGUCUUACCACAUGUAAGAUCCAAGGUUCUGUUCCAUUUAAAUUACUGUCAAACUACAAAAAUUAUUACUCAUUAGUAGUUAACGGUCUUCUUGACAGAGAGACGGCAUCACUAUAUAACGUAACCAUUAGUGCAGCCGAUGAAGGUCACCCUCCUCUUUCUAGUACAGCUGUAAUUAAUGUGCAUAUUUUUGAUGUCAAUGAUAAUGCACCCACUUUCCAGGGAGUUGACAUAAACAUUUAUUUAAAAGAAAACAAUAAAGCCGGAGAAAUUAUCACAAGAGUCAAUGCACAUGAUGCAGAUGAGAAUGAAAAUGCAAAACUUACUUAUUCAUUGACCGAUAUGUACCCCUCCAAAUUUUCAGUGCCAACUAUGUUAAAUAUCAACUCAGAGACAGGUGAGAUUAUUACUCUUCAGUCGUUUAACUAUGAGGAGUUGAAAACAUUUCAGUUUAAAGUUCAGGCCACAGACUCUGGUGUUCCUCCACUCAGCAGCAACAUGACUGUAAAUGUUUUUAUCCUGGAUGAGAAUGACAACAGUCCAACUAUCCUGGCUCCUUAUUCUGAGCUCGGUUCUGUUAAUAGUGAGACCAUCCCCUAUUCUGCUGAAGUGGGCUACUUUGUAGCAAAGAUCAGGGCUGUGGAUGCAGAUUCUGGAUACAACGCGUUGCUUUCUUAUCACCUGUCUGAACCCAAAGGAAUCAACCUGUUCAGGAUCGGAACCAGCACCGGGGAGAUC